AUGCAGUUUGCUCGCCUUGCCAUCUUUAUCCUUGCUGCCGUGGCUGGCCAAGUCGCCAGUGUACGUAUUGAGCGCCCUGCUGAUCCGAGUGUGGGGCUCAAGACGGACGACAGCAUGGUUGCUGCCUACUGCAACCACGAGGGCAACAUUCCUGCUGGCUUGUAUGCCUGUUUCCGUCUGAACGGCGAUAUUCGCAAGCGUAUGCAGUCUGCCGACGACUCGGUCAAAGGAUUCGUCAACACCGCGGGAAACAUGUUUGUGGUGGUGUACAGUCCCGAUAUCAAGGCGGAGGAGUUCCAUACGGACAAGACGGGUGUGUUUAUCAUGAAGCCCGAUACCUCACCCUGCCUGCUGGUGAAUACUCUCAAUGACGCAGACUGGACCGGUGAUCAGGAAGGUGGAGACGACGGAUCGGUCGACCAUAACGCCUGCAACACCGAUCCUGCAGUCUGGCUCGCCGAUUAA